AUGGAGGGGACUGUAGCAGGAGUAAGAAUUGUUCCACCCGUAGUGGAAUUUUUCGAUGCUGAAACAGAUGUUGUGCAUCAAAUGACACUAACUGUACAGAACCUUAGCAAGUCUUCCAAAGUCAUCCGAUUUCAUGGUCCUGCUUCGAAAGUAAGUACCCUUUGUUACCUUAGUUUUAAAGGAGUUAUGGAUAGGUCCUAUAUGGUAGAAUAACUUGUGUAUAAAUAAGCUGAUGUGAUGCAGAAUUCUGCUUUAUCAGUUAAUAAAGUAGACGUAAACAGCAUUUUUGCAGAUUGUAUUUUUGGGUCACGUUGAUCUAUGAGGCCAGCUGGGUUGUGNUUUCUUCCGAGAAUUCAGCAGUUGUAAAGGGUAAAAAACCCAAAAAACAAAAUCAAAUUUUUCUUAAGAGAUUAGAUAUGGAGGGGACUGUAGCAGGAGUAAGAAUUGUUCCACCCGUAGUGGAAUUUUUCGAUGCUGAAACAGAUGUUGUGCAUCAAAUGACACUAACUGUACAGAACCUUAGCAAGUCUUCCAAAGUCAUCCGAUUUCAUGGUCCUGCUUCGAAAGUAAGUACCCUUUGUUACCUUAGUUUUAAAGGAGUUAUGGAUAGGUCCUAUAUGGUAGAAUAACUUGUGUAUAAAUAAGCUGAUGUGAUGCAGAAUUCUGCUUUAUCAGUUAAUAAAGUAGACGUAAACAGCAUUUUUGCAGAUUGUAUUUUUGGGUCACGUUGAUCUAUGAGGCCAGCUGGGUUGUGUAGAAAUUUAGCUGUAGGGCCUUUCAUUACCACCUGAUUUACUUCUAGUCGACAGAUACUUAAGAAAACAAUAUAUUCGUUUUUUUAUUGCAUAGUAAUUGAGGUUUAAUAAUAAAAUCGCAAGAACAGAAUUUGCAGAAUGUUUAUAGGCUUAAUUAAGUCUUACGCUGAGUGUUAUUUUAUACGUGAUUGUAAGUAACUUAAAUGCACGUCGAUACUUGUGCUAAGCUGACCCUCAAUGUUUUCUUAGCUGUAUCCUCACAGACGAUUUUUUCCACUAAACAGAGGUUUGUCUUUCAUAAAUUUAUAUUGGAAGAAAAUUAAAAUAAACGUUCAAGGGUUGUAUGUACUUGAGGUUGUGCCUGCUUGGUGUUAUUUUCCACCACCCACUGUACAUGUUUUUGAGAAAUUGUAAAUGCCGAGACUAGGAAUGUGUUCGAAUAACUUGAACUACUUGCAAAAUAAAACAUCAUGUGUUAACCACAUUCGUGCGUCAAAUGUGGUAAAGACGUGACGUCUUAUUUUCAGUGCAAGCAGUUCAUUGUACAUUUUAAGUUUGAUAUUAAAGUUAAGGUUUUGCUGUAAUUGUUUGAAUUUGUCAGAAUACAUUUUAAAUAAUAUGUUAAAUAUUACUAUUAUUUUGUAGCCUGAUAAAUUUUAAUUUUUCUGCCUUUUUUUCUAGUGUUUCCGUUUAAAAGUGAAAAAUCCUGACCAUGCUAUAGCCCCAGGGUUAGAAGUGUCUGCAUUAGUUGAAUAUUACACCACAAGGGCUGAAGAUGCUCAAGAUAGAGUUAUACUUGUUGCCGACAAUGAUGUUGUGGAGAUUCCUCUAAUGGCGUAAGUAACUUGUGCUUUCUCUCGUUAUCUCUUUGUAUCUGACACACACAAGAGUCCAGGGUUAAUUUAUGCUGCACAAUUUACUGAGCUGAUAUUUCUUUCCUCACAAUAAGCAUAUGUAAUCAAAUGGUGACGAGUGAAAUUAGGGAAUAAUUUCACGAGCGUUUUGUCCAAAUCCUUAUAAUUUCCCGAGCCUUUAGGCGAGGGAAAUUAUUAGGAUUUGGACAAAACACAAGUGAAAUUAUUCCCGAAUUUCACGAGUAUACCAUUUGAUUACCUAUUAACAUCAUAGGUGACGAAUUACGUUAGCAAUCUUGGAUUUUUAACAUGUUUAUCCUGGAUUGUAUCAAUCGAGAACUCCUGCACUCUCUCGAACGUUUAGAGCUUAAAUUUGGCUUAAGUUCAGAGUUUUUCGACAAAAUACCUGUUAGAAUUCUUCUUGAUGUGCUCUUUCGUGUGUUCAGGUUUUCUAAAGCGUCUUUUUGUGCCCUGACAUCUUCAUUCACUUCAUUGCCAUCUUGACACUGAGACGUACAGAAGGUUGCCAUGGCAAUUUUGUAAUUUCACAUGUGAAAUUACAGUGAAAUUACAAAUUAACGCUGAAAUUUCGCGCCAAAAUUAAGGAGUAAUUCGUCACCUAUGACAUUAUAGUAAUAAUUUUCUGAGAUGAAUGGUGGCCCAAUAUUAGCUUGGUUUUCAGAACAGGUGUCUUUGGUUCCACUGUGUUUUCUGUGAAAAUAUACCAAAAAAAUGGUAAUGAUAACAAACUAUACAUGUAUGUACAUGUAUGUUGCAGUUAAUUUGUUAUUUUAGUUAAUUUUUGUUUUUCCUUUGUCUCAAAUUCAUUAGCAUACAUUAUCAUACCCAAAAACAAUGGAAAAAUAGAAAUUAACUGAAGUAAAAAAAAUUAACUGCAACAUAUAUAUGUUAAAGGUCAAAAUUAAAUUUGGGUUAAAAAGUUUUUAAACUAGGUUGAUUCUCAAUUUCCUUUGUCUCCUAGCCCUAAUUAUUUACUAUCCAGGGGAUAAGUUUUAACCAUUGUGUUCUGCGCUGGACAGAAAUUGAUCCAGUGGACAUGUAGUUUAUUUUUUAUCUCAGGUAAUUGUUAUUUUUCCUAUGUUUCAACUUCAUUAGUAUACAUGUAUAGUACCAUACCCCAAAACAAAAGAAAAACAAAAAUGAGCUGAGAUAAAAAAAAUAACUACAACAGGUACAUGUACAAGUGUAGUGUUAUCCAUGGUCCAGGAAAUUUCAAUAGCAAGUUUAAUACCUUUGUUUCCUCUAAUAUCUGAAAGAAUAUAAAACUUCUUUAAGCGAGCUAGAGCUGUCACAAAGAUUUCAAGUUCCUUAAUGUUUGCAAUUAAUAGAUGGGGAAUUGAUUAGCGUGGAAGUUCCUUUGUUUCCUAUGAAAGUAGGCGGGGGUUAAGUUUAAAGUAGCUGAAGGAAAUACCGAGCCCCUGGCCCUAAAUGACAGCCCUGUUGUUCAGCAUCACUGCACUUUUCAAAAACAGGCAAACUCUGAAGUUCAAAAGCUGCCUUCACAAUAAGUAGGUUUUUCACUGCUGUCAAUCAUAAUUAUGAUCACAACUUAACGAACCUUGAAACACAGAAACACACAAAACAGAUCAAAAUUCACUAAUCACAAAUCAGAAACCAUGACCUUUUGAACCCAUUGAAGUGAACUUCUGUUUCCCAAGACUGGUGCUGAGAUGAUUGACAGCAGUGAAAAGUGCAAACGUCAGUUGACUUUUGAACUUCAGAACUUGCAUGUUGAUGAAAGUGCAGGAAAGUGUGAAAAACAAAAAAAAUAAUGUGCGAUAUUUUCUUUUCCUCUUUGUCGUUAGAUACACCCCAUCACCUCAGUUAGAACUGAGUGGUCCUGCAGAUUUUGGUGUGACAGUAGCAGAUGGGAAAGUAUUAAGGCAGGAAAUUUUUGUCUUAAAUGAAGGAUCAUUGCCCGGAGAGUUU